UCGCUUCCGCAAACAGAACAGUGGAUGGCUGUGUAGGUCUGUGGACAUUUGAAGGAGACUUAAUAGUCAUUAAGUUGCAUGCUGGGUCUUGAACUUCCUUUCCAAAGUGUUAGUUCAUGAAGUUUUACCAUCUAAGUAAUCAAAAAUGGAAAAUUCUGCAAAAGCAGAGUGUGAAAAGAUCUCUCUCGAAGAGGCAAAAGCAUCAAUACAUUCAGGAACAGAGUCUUCAUUCGAUAUUAGUGAAAACACAACCACUCCUGGGACUGGGCCUUCUGAAAAGGCUCCUAUCUGUGGACAAGUAGACACACCAAAAAGGAGAAAAACGGAAUUUGAAGAUGAUAUUGUAAAGGAAACUUCUAGUUGUGGGGAAGACAUUCCAACCAAGAAAAGAAAACUUGAUGCUGAAAUUGUCCCAGAGGAAAAAGGUUCUGGUGAUGAUGAAGGCAUUUCAAGGAAAAGAAGAAUGGAAACUGAUGAUUUUCCAAAAGAUGAACCUUCUACUGGAGAUGGCAUACAGAAAAAGAGAAAAGUAGAACUUGAGGAUGUUCCUGAGAAGCAAAAAAACUUAGAAGAGGGACACAGUUCAGCAGUGGCUGCCCACUACAAUGAACUUCAGGAAGUUGGUUUGGAGAAGCGUAGCCAAAGUCGUAUUUUUUACCUCAGAAACUUUAAUAAUUGGAUGAAAAGUGUCCUCAUUGGGGAAUUUUUAGAAAAGGUACGACAGAAAAAAAAACGUGAUAUCACUGUUUUGGACCUGGGAUGUGGCAAAGGUGGAGAUUUGCUCAAGUGGAAAAAGGGAAGAAUUAAUAAGCUAGUUUGUACAGAUAUCGCUGAUGUUUCUGUCAAACAGUGUCAGCAGCGGUAUGAGGACAUGAAAAAUCGUUGUCGUGAUAACGAAUAUAUUUUCAAUGCAGAAUUUAUAACUGCUGAUUGUUCAAAGGAACUUUUGAUUGACAAAUUUCAUGAUCCAGAAAUGUGCUUUGAUAUCUGCAGUUGUCAGUUUGUCUAUCAUUACUCAUUUGAGUCCUAUGAGCAGGCUGACAUGAUGCUCAGAAAUGCUUGUGAAAGACUGAAUCCUGGAGGCUAUUUUAUUGGUACCACUCCCAAUAGCUUUGAACUAAUAAGACGCCUUGAAGUUUCAGAAACAGAAUCAUUUGGGAAUGAGAUAUAUACUGUGAAAUUUCAGAAGAAAGGAGAUUAUCCUUUAUUUGGCUGCAAAUAUGACUUCAACUUGGAAGGAGUUGUGGAUGUCCCUGAAUUCUUGGUCUAUUUUCCAUUGCUAAAUGAAAUGGCAAAGAAGUACAAUAUGAAACUAGUCUACAAAAAAACAUUUCUGGAAUUCUAUGAAGAAAAGAUUAAGAACAAUGAAAAUAAAAUGCUGUUAAAACGAAUGCAGGCCCUGGAGCCAUAUCCUGCAAACGAGAAUUCCAAACUUGCUUCUGAUAAGGUGGAUGACUAUGAUCAUGCAGCAGAGUACAUGAAGAACAGUCAAGUAAGGUUACCUUUGGGAACCUUGAGUAAGUCAGAGUGGGAAGCCACAAGUAUUUACUUGGUCUUUGCAUUUGAGAAGCAGCAGUGACCACACACACAGUAGCCCAGGACAGCUGCAGCCCGUCCUGUACGGAUGUGCGUGAUCCGUCCUCCAUCUGACAACUUCCUGUUUGUUUGUUUUAAUUAGUCUAAAUGUGCAGGAUGCUGCCGGAAACUCCAGUGUAUAAAUUCAACAUUUGCUGUCUGUGACAGAUGAACUUUUGUUGUGUAUAUAAGAAUGAGUUGGGACCUUUGUCUUUAAAAAUCUAUUUUUAAGUAAUGUUCUAAGAAUUCCAUUUGCCUCUCUCUUAGUGCAUAAAAAUUAUAACCUGACUUGUUAAAGCUGCUGGGCCCUUUCCACAGUGCUCUGAUUUGUUCAAUGUUUAUUUAUAGUAUUAAAUUUAUUGUAGUUGUAGAAUUGAUGAGGGAAUAUACUGGUUUGCCGGGGUGUGUGCUCAUUUCUGUAGUUUUGUUAUAUAGUGUUUUUCAAGAUUAAAUGGACUGUGUUCUGUACAACUGAAUGUGUUCAGUAUACAUUGCUAAAGUUACAAGUUUAAAACAAAAUUGUAGAUGACCAUGAAGUUAUUUAGCUAGAAUUUUAGCCAGUUAUUACAUUUCAUUAUAAAUAUUAACUAUUUCAUUUGCUAAUACUAUCUAAUUCUGGAACUGUUUAGAACAUUUUAGAUGCCAGCAUCAAAUUGUUUUGGACUUUAGGGGCUUUAUCUUAAGAAUUUCCUUCCGUGGCAAUUAAUGCUUCCUGUUAUCAAGAAUGUAAUUAGCCAGAUUUCCCUUUCUUCAUUAAGCAAAAAUGCCAUUGUUUUUCUCAAGAUUUAAUGAACCUGUCCCUUGUGAACCUGUUGCGCAUUUUCCUCAGAUGUACGUAUGAAACUGCAGUAGGAGGAUGUGACUAAAGGAAACUGACAAGCAGACUUCAGAUUAAUUCUCCUUGAUGUCAGAGAGGAUACUGGCACUGUGUGCUGUAGAGAUUUCGUUACUCCCCUCCAGCCCAGAGAGAAGCAGUGCUGGUUCUUCUGUUACAAUGUUGUACUUUCCACAGAAGGAUCCAGCAUCUCAUGUGCAGAAUUUGUAUUUGCCAUUUCAGAACCCUUACUGUUUUCAGCACUGGCUUCUUGCCUGACUCCUCUUCCCACAGACACCGAGGUGAACUGUUGUCCUUUACAUAACUGUUGAAACACAAGUGUUUAGGUAGUGAAAGACUUAACUUACAGAGAGCAAAGCAGAGCAAUUAUUGCAUAUUCUUUUAAAAACCAUUUAUUUAAUGCAUGGGUUUAAAAGUAUUACUUUCUAUAACUAUCCAGAGUACUUGUUUGAAAGGCAGAGUUUCUUAAUUCGUUCAUACAUGUUGAUUAUUCAUGGUGUUAGAGUAAUAGACCUUUUAACAAGGGAACACAGGUUACCUAAUUUCUGUUCCUUGUGCCAUCUGUCAACUUGCAAUCUAUUACCAGCUUACGAAAAUUAAGUCUUUUUGCCUUUUGCAGUGGUUUGCCGUAGUCAUUUGGAGAAAUAAAUAAUAGUACUCCUGACUAUAGUGGCUGCCAUUAGCUAACAAAGGUUUGGUAAUGGUGCUGGGGAGGUAGGGAUGGUGAGCUCUUAAUGUUCUAUAUCCAGGUUCAUGUCAGUUCUGGGGCAGGUACCAGAAAGUAUUUUGAUAGUUCAAUAGAGGAUGUAAAGGUUCUUUAUCAUUUCCUAUCAUCAUUCUCAUUUAAUGGUCGUAGUUAACUUUAAGCAAGUAAGAAAACAUUUUUAGCCUCUUGGUCUUUUCACUCCAUGAUGAUUUGUGGGAGAGAAGGAUUCCGCUGAAGGAUGGAGUGAUUGGUGGUGAUACAAAGCAGAAAAGGAAGGUGGAGUCCCUGGAGCCUUCACCAAAGGGGUAGAAAGGAGCAAAGAAAACCCAAGUGGAUUGAGCAGGUCUUUUCAGUCUGAGCAAGCAAGCUAUUGUGUGUGCAGGAGGCACACAGAGCCAUACCCAGAGGAUGCAGAGUUCCAGCGUUUCCCUUGCCCUUGAACUUUGUUGGUCUCAUGGCCACCUCUGCUCCCGCCCCCAACUCCUGGAUGGGUUCCUGCUGCAGCUAAGUUUCUGGGCAGUGACUCAGGGAUAACUUAGAAAAGGUGGAUCCUGCCCAUCAUCUCCCAUCACCAAGGUAAAAGCUGGGAGGACUUCGCACUACCCCCCACCCCCACCCCUGCCACCACACCCAAAACCCACACCCACAGUCUGAAUGUUUGGGGACUUUGCAUUCAAGACUUGUUAUAACUGUUAUGAAGAGGACAUGGCUCUUCACUGUCAGGUCAGUGAUGUGAGUAGUUGUGGGAGUGACUAUAGGCACUCCGAUUUGUCCUCCAAGGAUGAACGUGAAAUGACCAAACCAGCCAUUUGUGGAGAGGACACAACCUAAGGAUUGGGAGGAUUGGUCUGGGAACAUGACUGGCUUAUGGUAUAACAAAGAAUGCUCAGGUUGAAUUCUUUGGGCCUAGAAUACAUUAAAGGAGAGGUACCCUGUAGCCACAGUGUUCAGGGAAACAAAUCGGCCAUUUCCAGCUGCAUCCAACGUCCUAACCUGUACACUAUCGCCAUCUGCAGGUAAUGACUGCUCUUACAAUGCCCACCAAGCCUCUGGUUCCAGUGUUACUCCCCAAAGACAUUUGCCCCCAGGGAGAGAAGGCAUUGAUGAGAGCCUUUGACUUCUAUUAACUAAUGUGCAUGAUGAUUCUGAAAGGUAGAUUGCCGGGUACACAGUUUCUUAGCCUCCUUGGUCCCCAAACUUGGAAACUGAGGAAAUAGGAUUGCUGUUUAAAUUAUGAUAGCAUUAAUAGGGCAGCAGAGCAGAAGUGUACAAGUGACGGGCUUUGAGACAGGGUGCAAUGUUGGUUAGCAGUGGAGAUGCAGAAAAAGCAUUGUCCACUGUCAGAGGUCCAGAUUUUCAGUCUCAUUUGUUCUGUAGAUGUGUUCUUCAGCCUGUCGUAGCUUAUUGCAUCUCGGUUAUUUUUUGAGAGAUCUUCAAGUAUCUUUCUAGUGAAGAUUUGGCCUCUUGUGUAGGUCUGCCUAGGAGAAAAUGCCAGUGUGAAUAUUCUACCUACUAAUGAUAGUUUUCAUUAUUGAUAAACUGACUUUUUUAUUGUCUACCUCAGGCUCUGUAUGUAUUGUGAGCCAGUCACUGCCCAGGCCUCUGCAUCUUCAAAGUAAAGGUCAGAUCCAGGACCCAGGGCCCUAAAUAAAAGUUGUACCCAAAUGCCUGUGGAUUUAACGGCCAUUUGGUCAAUAGGAAGCAUACGUGUAUGAGAUCACCACCUCCCUAGAUGCUGUUAUGUCAAAACCAGACACCUGAUCAGCAGUUUCUCCAUUUCUCACCCUCCGACAGAGCAACAGCCCUGAUUCCUUGAAGGCCAGUCAGUCCAGUAGCUCCUACAGCCAGCUCUUCACCUUCUCAAUGUGUCUUCUGCUCCCAUGUAGCCCUGAAGCAUGGUGCCUGCUACUCACUGCAGUACUAAGCAAUUGCGGGACACCCAAGAAUACCCUCCUCAGUUUGGGGAGACUUUUGGGUUGGUUCUGAAGCCCUCAGCUCUCUAGAUUCCUCCCGAGCCACACUUGGGGACAGCAUACCUUGGAUAAAGCCAAGUUGACAACUAACAUUUAUUAGGUCAGUUAUUUUUCUAAAUCUUUUAUAUGUGUUAAUCUGUUUUGAUCCUUAUAACGAUUUGAGGUAAGCACUAAUCCCCAUUUUAAUAAUGAUACUGAGGCAUAGAGAGGGUACAGAUUUGCUAAGGCAGAGCCAAGAUUUGAACACCUGUAUUCCUCAAGUCUGGUCUGCAACCCAAUCUCAUGUUUUUUAUAUAUAUAUAUAUAUAUAUAAUCCAGGGACGUCAGAAAGACUCAGAUGACUUCUCACCUUUUCACUACCCACAACUUGAAAUGUUAACUGGUUGGUGCGCCAACCUUUUGGUUCAAACCUUUGAUACUUGUUAAAUGUUACCUGAGAGGAGCAUUUAUCCUGAGUAAGAGGCUUUAGGGCAGAGAGAGCAGAAGGACAUGUGAGUGUACUAGGGGAAGAGGGUAAAAAGUGAGUAAUUAAUAGGCAGGAGGGCAAAGAUCAACUUGGACUUCGUAUUUUGGUAGACCGGCUCCUUUAGCAACCAGUGCUAUGGUAAACCUAGUUUAGUCUGCAUGUUAGAGGACGGGGGGUCUUUUCCCACCCUCACCAUUUGGAAGUGGCAGGAGGUGGUAGCAUAAGUGUGAGAGAGGGUAGCCAAAGGGAGAGGCCUAGAGAGAAGGAAUAAUUUCUUCAGUCGGAGUUGAUUAUCUAAGCAGAGGCAAAUAAUUUUGUUUUAAAUUUUAAGCAAAAAGUAACAUACACUAGUCAUUGAUUUUUCACAAAUGGAACACAAAUGCAAUCAUCACUUAAAUCAACAAACUAUUACCACUAACCUGUAUUGUCCCUCGUGUUCCCUUUCAGGCACUACCUCCCCAAGCAUAACCACCAUCUGACUUCUAAGAAUAUAGAUUAGUUUGUCUGCUUUUGAACAUCAUAUAAAUGGAAUCAAAUAGUAUAUAUUCUCUUAUAUCUGGCUUAUUUGCUCUGUGUUAUGUUUGUAAGAUUUCUGUUGCAUGUAUUUAUACGUGGUUUCUUCUCCUGUCUGUAUAGUAUUCCAUUGUGUAAAUAAACCACAUAUUUAUCCGAUGGAUGUUGGUUCAUUUCCAGUAUGGGAACUAUUUUUGAUAGUACCACCUCAGAUAUUCUAGUACAUGAAUUUUGGCACACGUUGGUACUCAUUUCUGCCGAGCAAUGGAAUUACAGGGUCACAGUAUGUACAUUAUGUUCAGUUUUACUGGAUAACUGCCAGAUAGUUUUCAAAAGUUCCAAUUGUCCACACUUGGUAGUGUCAAUCUUUGUCGUUUUAUUCUGGCAGGCAUGUAGUGGUAUCUCAUUGUGUCUUUAGUUUUCAUUUCACUGAUGAUUAUUAUUCACUGAAAAGUUUGAACACUUUUCAUAUUGCCUUUUGAUUAUCCCCUUGUUAAAUAUCUGUUCAGGUUCUUGCCCACUUUUCCAUUGGUUGGACUAUCUUUUGUAUUGUGGUUUUAAAAAUAUAUCAAUUUUGGAUACAUGUCAUCUGUUGAAUGUAUUGUGUUGUGAGACUAUAUGAAAUAUAUGUAUAAUACAUAUGAAAAGAAGCUGUUAAUUUUAA